CAGUAAUGUCGCACGCGCGGGUUGGCUAGGAUGAUCUCAGGGCCAUUCACCGCGGCUCUGCGGAAUUUAGCCGCCUGGAGUCACUAGACGCGCGGCAGAAGCUUGUCCCCGUUCCGCCCGCAACGAACCACUUGCGCAAAUGGUGCAACUAGACCGGACUCGCGCUUGGACUUUUAACCCUUUCUAGGAGAUAUCCCAACUUGAGGAAUGGGACUACAGACUCGUCCGACAAUGGCGCAAGGUCUUGAUUCCAGACCAACCGUGGAGGACUUUCGCGAAGACAGCACGUGGGUGAAGUUGGCCAAGACCCAUUGGCUCGAGACGUCGAACGUCCGCAAAGCGAAGCAGGACGUUAUCAAGAAGGAAAUUUGGGAUCCUUUAGAAGCGGAGAGCUUCAAUGUCCGCUCCCUUCUCACAUUGGAGAAUUUGAGCAUUCUGGAGAAGUACCUUUGGCCGACAUACACCGAAGAUGCUUCAAAUUACCACGUAUUAUUGAUAGCUUUGAUUGUGAGCGUCAAGCAACGCGAACAUCUUUCGAUAUGGGGGAUCUUCUCCGACAAACCAGACGAAUUCUCCAGUCUAUUCCACCGAAUCCUCUCGAUGAGCAUCGAUAACUCGCUGGCUGUGUCCUCGCGAUUGGCGAUCCUAUCCUUUAUUAUCAGCGCUUUCCAAUCCCUCGAGAACACCCUGGUACGAAAAGAAUGCGCUCCUCUUGUUUCCAUCUCGAUCUGGCACAGCCUGCCAAGCGACGAAGCGAGGGAACGUAUACUUGGCAAGGGACCGAUGUUGAAAAAAGCAUGGAGAGCUUCGGCGAAGCGAUACGACGCGGGAGACGAGGCAACAAAAGCAAAAAUGCGAUUCGAGAGGUCAUGGCUUUAUACGAUGCUUCUUGAUUUUACGCGGAGACUGAACGGGCCGGUGCAAGAACAGGCAGACGAUUUAAGAUACUGCGAACGCUUCCUCGAACUCUUGGUUGACUUGGAAAGCCAGCUUCCUACAAGGCGUUAUGUCAACACACUUUUAAAGGACCUCAACCUGCUGCCCGUGAUUCGCCUAUCUCAGCUAUAUCGUUCCCCCGAAAAUGCGCUUUUCCGCGACUUCUUCAAUCUUCUUAAGCAUUUCGUUAACUUCGCGAUUGACGACUAUUCGGGUCAGGCUCUGUCACCCCAGGCUGUGUACGAUAUCCAUUGCCAGGAGUUGGCGAGGCUGCAGAGGACGUCCAUGAAGUACUUCAAAGAUAAGUUAAUGAUCCUUGCGUUGUCAAACUACGGUUCUAUCGAGCAGCGUUCUGAGUUAGAGGGGCAAUUGUCUUCCUUGGAAGAUUCGGAGCUUCAGAGUCUGUGCUCUCACCUUGGAUUCAGGGUAAUUUACCCCCAGCAAUCGCAGAUUAUGCCCAGCCGUGAUUUAUAUCUGGAGAUACUAUUGUCGUUUUACGAACGGAAGCUACCCUUCCAGGAAGCUGCGUCGCAUCUAACAACCAUUCCCACGGAGGAAAGUCUUUAUGAUCCAGCGCUCAUUCGGAAUGAGACUUACGACGGAUCGAGACCGCUCGCUAUCCCGAAGUUAAAUCUUCAGUAUCUGAGCCUUGGUGACUUCCUUUGGCGUUCAUUCCUGCUAUACCGUUCCGAAGCCUUUUUCCAGAUUCGUAAAGAUAUGGAGGCAGUUGUUAAGCGCAUGCAACCGAGAAUCAGUCGAGACGGUAGAACGUUAAGUUUUGAUGGAUUCUCCCGAAUGGCUAUCCCGAUCUCUAAGCCAGCCAUAAUUGAAGUUGCACCUCCGAAAGUUGGCUCGGCGAACCCAGCCUUCGUCCGCGCGGAGAUUGCUAUUGAGGUUGGCAGACUAGCAGACAAUAUUCGAAAGGAGUGGGAAACGCUUCGCCCAGACGAUGUUGUUUUUCUCUUGGCAGUCCAGCAGACCCCCUCGAACAAGUUUGGGAUUCGCGACCAACCGGAGGGACCUAGUCUAACGUACCUGCGGUCAGCUGAAGUCGUACAAGUUCUUGAUGAACAGGGCCGUCCCCUACGCGAACCUACGGGGGCGAACGGUUACCAUCACAGACCACGCGUCAGGAAGUUGCUGCUCAAUCUGGACAGUGCUGCUUUCAAGGCGGAUAAGAACCGAAACGCGCAGGGACGGCCAGAUAUCUAUCCGUUAAUAAAUGUGAUUGCAAGGAGGAAAGGACGAGAAAACAACUUCAGGUCUAUCCUCGAGACGAUGCAGAAACUCAUCGUCUCGGAUAUUACCCUCCCAUCCUGGAUCCAGGACAUUUUCCUGGGCUAUGGAGACCCGGCCGGUGCUCGAUACACGGAACUCCCGAAUCGUCUCAAGUCGGUUGAUUUCCGUGAUACAUUCUUGAACUGGCAGCACUUGGUGGAGAGCUUCCCUGGUCUAAGCAUUGAGCCGUCCGGAAAUGAGAAUUCGAGCUUUGGUCGUCCGUACGUGCUUGAAUAUGUUGAGAAUAUUUCACAGCCUGCUUCGGCCAACCCGUCGAAAAAGCGGCGGAGAGACCAAGCUGAAAAGGCAACAGAACCAAGCUCAAUUCGUGCUUCGACCUAUAAGCCUCCAAACCCGGGCCCUUACCCAGUCGAUGCGCCCAAGCUGAACACUGUCCGUUUCACCCCAGCCCAGGUGGAAGCCAUUACAUCCGGAACACAACCUGGUCUCAGUGUGAUUGUGGGCCCUCCAGGAACUGGAAAGACAGAUGUCGCAACACAGAUUAUCAAUAAUAUUUAUCACAAUUUCCCCAGCGAGCGCACGUUGCUCAUUGCCCACAGCAAUCAGGCUCUCAAUCAACUCUUCCAGAAGAUUGUGUCACUCGACAUUGACGAGCGACAUCUUCUACGACUCGGUCAUGGUGAAGAGGAAUUGGAAACAGAGUCGAAUUACAGCAAAUAUGGCCGAGUCGAGUCUUUCCUCGACAAUCGCUACUAUUACCUGUCCGAAGUUGCACGGUUAGCAGCAUCUAUCGCAGCAGAAGGUGCUCAUGGUAACUCCUGUGAGACUGCUGGAUACUUCAACACGGUCUACAUUCAACCAGCGUGGGCGAAGUUCUGGGACUAUGCUCGCGCUGAAAAUACCUCUACCGAGGAAUUAAUAUCUGCAUUCCCAUUUCAUACCUAUUUCUCUAAUGCACCGCAGCCUGUCUUCGACCCUUCUGCUACGAAAGAUACCGUGCUGGACGUGGCGGAAGGUUGUCAACGGCAUAUUGCGAAGAUCUUCGCCGAACUAGAAGAUAUCCGUCCUUUUGAAGUUCUGAGACAACCUCGGGAUAGGGCCAACUAUCUUUUGGUGAAGGAGGCCAGAAUCAUCGCAAUGACCUCGACACACGCAGCCAUGCGGCGUAAGGAAAUCGCCGAUCUGGGCUUCCACUACGAUAAUGUCAUCAUGGAAGAAGCUGCGCAAAUCACAGAAAUUGAGAGCUUCAUCCCUGCCGCUCUUCAGAACAUGAAGAACGGCGAACUGCCACUCAAACGCGUUGUUCUCUGUGGUGACCAUCUCCAAAACUCCCCCAUCAUCCAGAAUCUUGCUUUCCGCCAGUACGCUCAUUUCGAGCAAAGUCUCUUCCUGCGUCUGGUCCGAUUAGGUGUUCCUGUUAUAACCCUUGACCAGCAAGGACGUGCAAGACCUAGCAUCGCAGAGCUCUUCCGGUGGCGCUAUGACAAGUUGGGCAACCUCCCAGUGGUCGAAACAGCACAGGAGUUCAAGCAGGCAAACUCCGGGUUCCAGUUCGAUUAUCAAUUCAUCAAUGUACCCGACUACCUGGACUCGGGCGAAAGAGAACCAACUCCCCAUUUCAUUCAGAACCUGGGCGAGGCAGAGUAUGCUGUGGCCAUGUACCAGUAUAUGCGACUUCUCGGUUACCCGGCAUCAAAUAUUACCAUUCUAGCCACAUACGCAGGGCAAACAGCAUUAAUCAAGGAUGUCUUGAGCCAUCGCUGUGCCAAGAACAACCUGUUUGGUAUGCCCAAGAUCGUCACGACAGUGGACAAAUACCAGGGUGAACAGAACGACUAUGUCAUCCUAUCUCUCACGCGAACCCGCACAGUCGGUUACAUGCGUGACGUCCGCCGCUUAACAGUCGCACUCUCCCGCGCCCGCCUCGGUCUUUACAUCCUUGGCCGCCGUGAAGUUUUUGAAUCCUGCUACGAGCUUAAACCCGCCUUCGAACUCCUCUUUCAACGCCCCGACAAACUCAUGCUCGCGCCUGGUGAGAUGUUCCCGACCACACGUUCCGUGGACGAUGAAGUCCAGGGCACACCGAUGGAGGGGGUAGAGCAUCUAGGUCAGUACGUGUUUGAGAUGACUCAGGCGAAGCUGAAGGCCAUGGGCGAAGAUAUCAUGGUGGAAGAUGCGAUACCGGAUGCUGAUGCGGAGCUGGUUGAUGAGGAUGAGGUUAUGCUGGGAGCUGGGGAGGAGCAAGAUGAGGAAAAUUACGUUGCAUGAGUGCAUUGUCUAGGUACCAGGUAUCAUUUUAUUUACCUGUUGAUAUAUGAUAUGUUUUGGGCUUGUUUUUCUUCGAAUGUCGCAACUAGCCGUUGCCGGCAUCUACUGCGUACAUUAUUACUCUACUUUGGGCUCGUAUGAAAAGUAAUAAUGAUACUCAGAGUUGGUGAACCAUACCUCCGGUA